UCUCUCUCUCUCGAGUGUCGGUAAUGGCGGCAGAGUCAUCAUCAUCGCACUCGGAAACGGAAUCAAUAAGUAGCUACUCAUCAUUAUCUCCGUCUUCUUCUUCCGGCGCCGCUGAUCGGCUGAAGAAGCGGGGGAGGGGGGACGGCGGCGACGGCGGUGAUAAUGGCGGGAAGAGGAGUAGAGGGCGGAGUGAUUUGAAGCAUCCGACGUAUGUGGGGGUGAGAAUGCGGGCGUGGGGGAAAUGGGUAUCGGAAAUUCGGGAGCCGAAGAAGAAGUCUCGGAUCUGGCUGGGCACUUUCGCCAGCGCUGAGAUGGCCGCUAGGGCCCACGACGUCGCCGCGCUGUCGGUGAAGGGAAAAUCCGCCGUCCUUAACUUCCCCGAACUUUCCGACCUCUUGCCCCGCCCCGCCACCUCCGCGCCGCGUGACAUCCAGGCCGCCGCGUUGAGAGCCGCGCAUAUGGACCAUCUCGACCCGCCGCCUAAGCCCGAAACGCCCGAGCCGUCAUUGUCGGCGGCCUCAUGCUCCUCCUCCUCCUCCUCGGCGGAGGCGCCGUCGAGCCAGGAGGAGCAGCUGGGAGAGAUAGUGGAGCUGCCGAAGCUGCCAGACCCGAGUUACGAUUUGGUCGAGUCAACUCGGGACGAGUUUCUGUUUAUUGACUCGGAAGUUUGGGAUUACUUCCACCCAUGGUGGCAUAGCUUGGAAGACGACUAUGGACAUUACGGCGGCGGCGGCGGCGGAGGAAUAAAUAUCGAAAUAUCAGAGUUUGAAAGUACAGUUUCAGGCCAUUUUGAGAGCUUACUAUGGCAACACUGAAACAGUUUAGUCAAACACCAACAAAAAAAAAAAAAAAAAACAAAAAAUUAGAGUGAAAUUACAAGUUUGCCCUUUCUCUUCAAAUUUUCUUUCACAUUUUGUGAGAGUUUUAUUUUAUUUUAUUUCUGGGAAUUUUAUAUGGACUCCUUUUUCCUGGUUUGUUUGGGUGUGUUUUUUUUUUUUUUCUUAAAUAUUUACAAGCAUGAGUAACUGUACUAUAAUGCACCCCAAGUACAACUGUACACAGUGGUAUAAUAGAAUUGAAGUUUUGGUUUCACUACAUUACUCU